AUGUUGAAGAAAUUCGACAAGAAGGACGAGGAGUCGAGUGGAGGCUCCAACCCCUAGCACCUGGAGAAGAGUGCAGUACUCCAAGAGGCUGGGGACCUUAAUGAAACUCCUAUCAACCCUCGGAAAUGUACCCACAUCCUCACCAAGAUCCUUUGCCGCAUAAACCAGGGGCAGCACCUGGGGACCACAGAAGCAACCGAGGCUUUCUUUGCCAUGACGAAGCUCUUUCAGUCCAAUGAUCCCACACUCCGCCGCAUGUGCUACUUGACCAUCAAGGAGAUGUCCUGCAUUGCAGAGGAUGUCAUCAUUAUUAUCAGCAGCCUGACAAAAGACAUGACCGGGAAGGAAGAUAAUUACGGUGGCCCUGCGGUGCGAGCCCUCUGCCAGAUCACUGACAGCACCAUGCUGCAGGCUGUUGAGCGCUACAUGAAACAAGCGAUUGUGGACAAGGUACCCAGCGUCUCCAGCUGUGCCCUCGUGUCUUUCCUGCAUCUACUGAAAUGCAGCUUCUAUGUGGUCAAGCGUUGGGUGAACGAGGCCCGGGAGGCGGCGUCCAGUGAUAACAUCAUGGUCCAGUACCACGCGCCAGGACUGCUAUACCGUGUGCGGAAGAAUGACCACCCGGCUGUGAGCAAGAUGGUCAGUAGGUUCACCCUGCACGGCAAGUCCCCCUUCGCCUACUGCAUGGUGAUCCGAGCGGCCAGCAAGCAACUGGAGGAAGAUGGCAACCGCGACAGCCCACUGUUUGACUUCAUUGAGAGCUGCCUGCGUAACAAGCUUGAAAUGGUCGUGUAUGAAGCCGUCUCAGCCCUCGUCAACCUGCCCAGCCGCAGUGCUAAAGAGCUGGCCACUGCUGUAUGUGCUCUCCGCUAUGCUGCUGUCCGCACCAUCAAUAAGGUGGCCAUGAAGCACCUAUCGGCAGUGACCGCCUGCAACCUGGAUCUGGAAAACCUGGUCGCAGACUCCAACCGCAGCAUUGCCACAUUGGCCAUCAUCACCCUCCUUACGACCGGGAGUGAGAGCAGCAUGGACCGCCUUAUGAAGCAGAUUUCUUCCUUCCUGUCGGAGAUCUCAGAUGAGUUCAAGGUGGUGGUUGUCCAGGCCAUCAGUAUCCUCGCAAACAUGCCAAGGGAAGAGGGGGGCUUGGAGUAGCGCGCCACCGUGGACUGCAUCGGCAGCAGCAGAGAGAACUCAGAGAGCAAGGAGACGGGACUGCCGCACCCGUGCGAGUUCACUGUGCAGGCAUUGUUGGGCCAGGAGGGGCCCAAGACCAACAACCCCUCCAAGUACAUUCGUUUUGUCUACAGCCAUGCGGUCUUGCAACAUGAAGAGGUUCGCGCAUGUGCAGUGAGUGCUCUGGCCAAGUCUGGAGCCCAGAACGAAGAGAUGUUACCAAGCAUCUUGGUGUUGCUGGAAAGGUGUGUGACCGACGACGGCAACAAAGUGAGAGACAGAGCUACCUUCUGCCUGAGUGUCCUGGGGCAGAAGCAGAAGGCCCUCAACGCAGGUUACAUACUAAAUGGUCUCACUGUGUCUAUUCCAGGUCUGGAGAGAGCCCUGCAGCAGUACACAUUAGAACCAUCGGAAAAGCCAUUUGACCACAAGUCUGUGCCUCUUGCCACCACCCCUAUGGCAGAGCAGAGACCAGAAAGCACUGCCACUGCAACGGUCAAACAGCCAGAGAAAGUGGCAGCCACUCGGCAGGAGAUCUUCCAGGAGCAGUUAGCGGCGGUGCUUGAGUUCCAGGGGCUCGGGGCCCUCUUCAAGUCCUCACCUGAGCCAGUGGCCCUCACCGAGUCAGAGACCGAGUAUGUCAUCCGAUGCACCAAACACACCUUCUCUGAUCACUUGGUGUUUCAGUUUGACUGCACAAACACCCUCAAUGACCAGACCCUGGAGAAUGUCACAGUGCAGAUGGAGCCCACCGAGGCAUAUGAAGUACUCUCCUACGUCCCUGCCCGGAAUUUGCCCUACAACCAGCCUGGGACCUGAUACACACUAGUGGCUCUGCCCAAGGAAGACCCUAGAGCUGUGGCCUGCAUGUUGAGCUGGGUGAUAAAGUUCACCAUUAAGGACCGUGACCCCAACACUGGAGAGACUGAUGACGAGGGCUACGGGGAUGAGGAUGUGCUGGAGGACUAUGGACGUACUAUGGCUGAUCACAUCCAGAAAGUCAUGAAAGUGAACUUUGAAGCAGCCUGGGAAGAGGUUGGGGAUGAGUAUGAGAAGGAGGAAACAUUCAUCCUGUCUACCGUCAAGACACUUGAAGAUAUGACAAAUGGUAUUUUGUUAAAAAAUGUCUUACAUUUAAAAAAAAAUCUAUAA